CUAUCUUGACAAGACAAUUCAAAUGGUCUGUGGUUGAAAAGUUUCAGUUUGCACAAGUAGCAGUGAGAGCACGCAGCGGCGGCAGACGAGUCAAAGCAGGAAUAGAGGAAAGCAGGGUGAAACUGUUAGUGUUAGUUUUAUCAGUGUUUUCUCAGCCGACGCCGCUCUGACCGGUUUUAAGGUGUUUUAAGGUAAGCUAGCUGAGUCAGGAUGAGGCUGAACGGUGUGCUGCUGUGUGUGCUUCUGUUGUGGGUUGAAGGGUCUUGGGGGGACACUCCGGCCAACUGCACCUACGAGGACCUGCUGGGAACAUGGGUGUUCCAGGUGUCCCAAGUAGGACACGACAAGACCGUCAACUGUUCUGCUGAAGCCACAGGUGACAGCACGGUGACUCUGACUCUGGAGAAACUCUCUGUCGCCACUGACCAGCUGGGGAACACCGGCUUCUUCACCCUCAUCUACAAUCAGGGCUUUGAAGUGGUCAUCAAUGGCUACAAAUGGUUCGCUUUUUUCAAGUACACCCAGGUGGGCUCUAAGGUGACCAGCUACUGUGACCAGACCCUGGCAGGGUGGGUCCAUGACGUCCUGGGACGCAACUGGGGCUGCUUUGUAGGGAAGAGGGUGCAACCAAUACCACCCCGACAUGAUAUCAAACCAGUCUUCAAUAGCUGGCUGCUUCAGAGGCCGUACAAACACAACUUGGACUUCAUUGCUUCAAUCAACUCUGUACAGAAAUCCUGGAAGGCCAUGCCCUAUGCAGAGCAUGAAAUGUACACUCUGCAGGAGCUGCAGUACAGAGCAGGAGGGCCUGCCUCACGUAUCCCUAUACGUGCUCGGCCUGCGCCUGUGAAAGCUGAUGUAGCCAAGAUGGCGGCAGCUCUUCCUGAGCGCUGGGAUUGGAGAAAUGUUGACGGUGUUAACUUUGUCAGCCCUGUGAGAAACCAAGCAUCGUGUGGCAGCUGCUACUCCUUUGCCACCAUGGGAAUGCUUGAAGCUCGUGUUCGGAUCCUCACCAACAACACUGAAAACCCCAUCCUCAGCCCUCAGCAAGUGGUCUCCUGCUCUGAAUACUCUCAAGGGUGUGAUGGUGGGUUCCCAUACCUGAUUGGAAAAUAUGCUCAGGAUUUCGGCAUCGUGGAUGAAUCGUGCUUCCCGUACAUUGCAAAGGACUCUCCAUGCGGUGUUCCUCAAAACUGUGGCCGCAUUUACACAGCAGAGUACAACUAUGUUGGUGGGUUUUAUGGUGGCUGCAGUGAGAUGGCCAUGAUGCAGGAGCUGGUCAAGAAUGGACCAAUGGCUGUGGCUUUUGAGGUCUACCCUGACUUCAUGAACUAUAAGGAGGGCAUCUACCACCACACAUUCCUCACAGACACCCUCAAUCCCUUCGAGCUGACCAACCAUGCUGUGCUGCUGGUGGGCUACGGCCGCUGCCACGUGACUGGACAGAAGUACUGGAUUGUGAAGAACAGCUGGGGCACCACCUGGGGUGAGGAUGGCUUCUUCCGAAUUCGCCGGGGAAGUGAUGAGUGUUCCAUCGAGAGCAUCGCAGUCGCAGCCAACCCGAUUCCCAAACUAUAGAAGCUGGAAACUCAGCAUGGGAGAAAUAGGCAUCUGGAUGAUCAGUCACAAUCGUGAAAAUUAAACGUGUCCUAUGUAGCUUGGCUUUCUUUAAUGCUUGCUUAUGAGGUUGAAAAUUUGAAGCUAUGUUCUCUUCUUUUCUAAUCCAACCAGUAUGGUAUAAAUCACACAUUCGGAUACAAAGUUAUUCAUUUCAGCUUUAAUGCCAACGUCCCAAAUAGCUGUGAGAUACAUUUCAAAGGGAAAUCAACGCAAAAUCUGAAUCACGGUCAGAGUGUGAGUUAGAUCACUUUUUAAGCCUAAAACCAGACUUUUAAUUCUUUUUAGUCAGCUGUCAAAUGCUUAUAUAUUAUCAGUUGUGCAUCCACAUUAUUUUUUGCUGGUUUGUGUUGGUCGGUAAACGAAGGGAAACUUGAAUUGUAGGGGUUACUGUUUAUCUAGCUCGUCAGAGAUUUUAAUGUACAGCCACUAGGGAUGGGUGGAUUUUGGUCAUACAUUUUUCAACCAAUUGUUCCCAGAGCACAGACGGGGUGGAUGCAUCAGCACAGAGACAUGUUUCCUGCCUGCUGGAGUUUUUCUUUUUGCAUCCUCGUCAUUCCUCUUCUGCCUGUGGAUCUCUACUGUGAGGGAAUGAUGUUUUUACAGCCACGAAAAACACGCAGGCUUAAAAACACUAAGUGACAUGUUUUGUUGGUCUGUCGAUCCGCCCAGGUUCUUCAUUUUCUGUUUUUAAUAUCCGAUUUAAAAUGCAUGAAAAAGGCAAAAGCAAAGAGAUUUAUGAUGAACUCUGGAUUGUUUCUUUUAAAUUGGGAAUUAAAAAAGACUGACAGGACAGAUAAAUAUCACACUUUCUCUCUUUUUUUUUUUAAAUGAACAGUUUUUGAUGAUGAUAAUGGUGGUGCUGGAUCCAAACCCACCAUGUAAACUAUCUGACAUUAUUUGAAAUAAAAAAGUGAUGUUUCUAUUUUAGUUCAUUUUAAUUCUAGAAGUAUUUCAAAAUACCAUUUGUUUACUGCUCCUGAAAGGGAUUUUAAUUUGUAGUAAACAGUCAAACUGUUCUUCUACAGCUCCAUUUUUUCUUGUAGUAUAGAAUUUGAAUUUGCGAGGUCUGCCUAUCAUGCACCAUUUUUUAAAUGUUUUGUUUGCUGAUUUCAGCGAUCACUGAUUAGCUGCCAAUUACAAUUGUAUUCAGGCUGUAACUGCCAGUGCAAACGUGGAAUCCAAAUGGAUUGGUACAAACUGUGAAUGCCAAUUGUAGCAGUUUUAAGAGAACUGAGAAGUCAGUGUUUGUGUUUGCUUGUCAGGUGCAAAAUCUUGAUUGAAUUUUUUUGUCUCAGGGAAGCCCAGUGGAGAGUUGGUAUAUCUGUUGUCCUUGCAUCAAAUUGAAACCAUGACUGCCAUGAUUCUCUCAAGGGUAGUUUGUUCCCUGUGGAGCAUUUAAAAGGGAUUUGUGAAUCAGUUACUAAAGGGAAGCGACUGAUUGUAGUGCCUUUUAUUCUGCCUCCCUUUUGCUGCAUUUUUGUUCUGUAAUUUGGUGGAAUAAAAGCAUUGCAAAUUA